AUGUAUCAAUCCGAAAAAGAAGACGAAGAGCAAUCCCCAUUCCCAGAGCCCACCACCCCAGCCCCCAAUUCGCCAACAAUCCACCCAUCCCCACCCCCAGCACCAGACGGCGGCCUUGAAGCAUGGACCCAAGUCCUCUGCAUGCACUUCACCUUCUUCAACUCCUGGGGCGUGAACAACAGCUUCUCCAUCUUCCAGCAGCUAUACACCUCCACGCUCGCGGAGUCCGCAUCCAACAUCUCAUGGAUCGGCAGCGUGCAGACCUCCCUGCUCUUCUUCAUGGGCGUGUUCGCCGGCCGCGCCACAGACGCCGGACACUUCAGGGUCGUCUACGCAUCGGGCGUCUUCCUGCAGCUGCUCGGCUUCUUCAUGCUCUCCCUGUGUCACUCUUACUGGCAGAUCUUCCUCGCUCAGGGCGUCUGCAUGGGCCUUGGUAAUGGGCUGGCCUUUAGUCCUGGCCUGUCUGUCAUGUCGUCGUACUUUGUGCGCCAUCGUGCGGUGGCGGUCGGGUUGGCGGCUGCCGGGGCAGCCACGGGGGGCCUGGUUUACCCUGUGCUUAUUGAGAGGUUGCUCUAUGUUCAUGAUAUAGGGUUUGGAUGGACGGUGCGAGCUGCCGGGCUGGUGAUGCUGGUGACGCAGGUCCCCGGUCUAGCUCUCUAUCGGCCUCGAUAUAAGCAGCAGCAGCAGCAGGACAAGCCUCCGCUGGUCGACUGGGCGGCAUUCAAGGAGAAGCCGCUCGUGUUCUUCACCAUUGCCAUGUUCUUGAACUUCUGGGGCCUCUACUUUACUUUCUUCUACCUGGGGACGUUUGCGCGCGAUCGCAUCGGCAUGUCGAAUACCCUGAAUCUCAUCUUGGUGUUGAACGGCGUCGGUGUCAUCGGGCGUAUUGUGCCCAGUCUGAUCGGGGACCGUAUCACUGGACGCUUGAACAUGCUGAUUCCCAUCAGCGUCGCGUCGGCAGUUCUCAUCUUCGCGUGGAUGGCAGUUGAUUCGGUCGCUGGGUUGUAUGUGUUUACUGUCUUCUAUGGGUUGGUUGGAGGCGCUGCGCAGUCGCUGUUUCCGGCCACCGCGACGACUAUGACUCCGGAUGUGCGACGUACCGGGACGCGGUUGGGGAUGAUUCUGAGUGUGGUGGGCUUUGCCACUUUGACUGGGCCUGCGAUUGAGGGGGCUCUGAUCCAGCAGGAAGGGGGGAGCUAUGUUGGAGCGCAGGCUUUUGCGGCCAGCGCGAUCAUGCUGGGUGCACUGUUUGCUGAGGCUUGUAGGGUAGCGAAGACGGGUCUUCAUUUGCGUGUCAAGGUCUGA